AAGGUGAGACUGAUGCGUGCCCUGCCGGGUAUCUUGACUGAUUAUUCAGAAUGUGUGUUUCCUACGCGCACCACAAGGAGUCGCCGGCUUCUGGAUCAUUCGAAAAUGGCAGCGACUAGGCGGCUGGUGAAAGAACUUGCAGACAUCCGGAACUCAGGAACAAAAUGCUUUCGAGACAUCCAAGUGGAUGAAAAAAAUAUGCUCACAUGGCAGGGAUUGAUUGUACCUGACAACAGCCCGUACAACAAGGGGGCCUUUCGGAUAGAGAUCAACUUCCCAGCCGAGUACCCGUUCAAGCCGCCCAAAAUCACCUUUAGGACCAAGAUCUACCACCCCAACAUUGAUGAAAAGGGUCAGGUGUGCCUGCCCAUCAUCAGCGCCGACAACUGGAAGCCGGCCACCAAGACGGACCAAGUGAUCCAAGCCCUGAUUGCACUAGUCAAUGACCCAGAGCCAGAGCACCCGCUGCGUGCCGACCUUGCUGAGGAGUACAGCAAAGACCGAAAGAAGUUCCUGAAAAACGCUGAGGAAUUCACCAAGAAGCACUCUGAGAAGCGGCCGCCCGACUAAGCUCCUAGCUGCCUAGCAUGACUCUGGACGUGCUGCUCACGAGCAACAAAAGAAAAACAGAAAGCGAAGGCAGAAGAAAAAAAGCAUGGGUCUUUCAAAUUCUUGAGCCCGCCUUCAUUUCAGGUGUACUUGUUUUUUUCUAUCACGAGGUCUUUUUUUUUUUUCUGUAUGUGUGCCUACACAAGGAAAAUGUGUGAAUGCUUGGUUUCAAAAGUGGGCCACCCAUAGCGGGGCGUUUAUUUGCCGCUGGCUAUGACGCAGUGUGAAAUAUGGGUUCCCUUGUUUCCCUAUCAUACUUCCUAGUUCACGGUAGGAUGUUGGCGACAAUGUUCUUUCGCUUCUUGCUCCAUGCAGCAGCAGGUUUGCUAUGAUGUUACGCUUUAGCGCUAGCUUGCCACUCUUGCUGUUUCACGUGUUGCUUGUUAAACGAAUUUGUAAUUAGGAUAUGUUGAGAGGGUAAAUAUUUGUUCGCCCACUGGCAUUUUAUGUUUUCCUCGCGUAAGACAGCAGACAUUGUCAUCUCUUGCUUCUACCUUCUGAACAGUGUGCGUAAAGGUGCACACAUCUAGGUGAUUUCUAACAUUAAUCGCGGGGAUUUUUUUUUUUUUUUUCAAUUUCUUUUUUGGGGCUGAAGGACAUGCAUUUUAAUCCUGUUUGGUUGCUUUUAUUUUUGUUCUCAUCACGCUGUUUGCGCUGCAUUUGCAACCGACAGGUGAGGAAAAGUGUUUACUCGUUCACAAACGUGGUGCUUGCCUUUGUGAUACCCGAGCAUGUAGAUGGCUCGUGGUGCAGCACGCUUGGCCUUAAAACAUGCGGAGACACAUGCACAACAGCACAGUUAGCUGUGUGUUGAACGUGACAGAGAACAUGGAUAGAAAGAAGAUUAGCCUGCGUUUCCUUAAUCCCACAACACAGCCCAAACACUUAGUGUGACCUAGCCCCUUAUGAGGAUGUUUUUGCGUAGUUGGCUCAGUUGAUUUUUUUUUUUUAUUGUAUGUUGUGAUAAUUAAUUUAGGCCUAUCUUGUAUUUCAUGUGACGUUUGAUUACUCUGAACUUAUGUCUUUUUGUUUAUAUAAUGUGCGAUAGUGUGGAGUAAGAGAAUCACAAAUAAAUCUGACUGAUUUGUUUUA